GGAUGAAUCAUUUUGACAAAUUCGUAUUCUUAUCACGUUCUAUAGUUUAAAGCCAGUGUUGAGUAACGGGGCUGUCAAGAUUGGCUCGCAUACUCAGUACACUACAUAAUAGUUCUCGUAAACAUGGUUUAAUGUGUUGACGUCUCAAUUGCUUUUCUAAACACGCUAUGGGCACGGGUCAGUGAACUGUUAAUUCUAAAGUCAAUAUAAUAGCCCUUUGCCGAUCCAAUUCGAUAUACGUAUGUUAAUAAUAGAGAAGCUAACAAACAAGUCAUGCGAAAAAUGAAGGUUAAAUUAUAGUUACUGAUACUCAUAAUAGUAGUAGAAAAAAAGGCUAGGUUUGAUCCUAUUCAUCCAACAGAUAUCUUCUUUACAUAAUAUUAUAUUAUGAAUAAUUUAAUGAUAAUCAAGUAAAUAAAAUAUUUUUAAAUUCGUUACAUUUAUAGACGACGUGUAGUACCUUAUGCGUAUCCUCCAUUCAAAUGCAAUUAAUAGCGAUUUUACUUAGGCAUAAACAUCAUGAUCUUUUCAGUUGUCUGCUAAAGUUGGUAUAACACUACCAAUCAUAAUACAAAAGUUUUCAAUUUGUUCUGUUCCACGAGUUCCACGGAACAUAGGGAUAAAAAUUAGAGCCAACAAGAUGAAGCCAAGAAGAUAUGUGAGAAUUUUAUGUCGGGGGUUAGUUUUAGCUCGAAUUCCAUCAAAAGAAAAUGAAUUUAUUUAUUUGUCUUGUAAAACAACAAAUAUUCAUUAUAUAACACAAUAUAAAUAGAAUGAUCUUCUUUAUAAAUAUUCUUAAUUAAUUUCUUUAAUACCUAAUCAAAAAAAAAACUAAAGCGUACCAAAAUAAGGAUAAUUGAAAUGAUUGAUUGCGUUGUUCUGAGCAAAAGUUAUGAACUUUUCACGCAUUAAAAACUUUAUUAUGCAUUCUCCCCUUACCUCAACGAAACACAAAAUAUUGCUGAUUUUUUUAUAUAAGUAACAUUACGCGAAUAAACUUUACAAACACAGCAAGUAUUACUACAAACGCAAAAGAGUCUACAUAUUUUAGUUUGACAAAUGGGUUAAUUAAUAAUUUAAUACUUUAUCUUUAUAACAUGUUUGAAAAUGGUAGGAAGUCAAUAGUAAGUUCACGAGUACAAAGUGUUCUUUAAUUCUUUAUUGAACAUGAAAUGAAUUUUUGCUGUAAAAAAGUUGUAACUACCUAAAUGGAAUAAGUACAAAUAAAAAACUAACACAGCUAAGACAUGUACGCUAUGCUCAUAUGAAAACUACAUUUAGACAUCUGCGAGUGAGCGUUAAUUAAGCUAACGGCAAAGAUAAAAAAUAUUACCGAUGUUUUUAGAGUAGUUUGAUUCGGAUGAGCUUGAGGGAUGUUGGUCAUCAUGUCAAUAGCGGUACUUUUGAGAGCGAUUUCGAUGCGGUCUGCGUAUGCGCAUCCAGUCUACAUCAGCCGGUCUCAAUACGUGGACGGACACUGCAUAAUAUUUUACAUUUUAUCCUUCGACCUUAAAAGAAAAUAUUUAUGAAAAUCGGUGAAAUCACUCAGGAAAAUGAAAAGUUUCAAAGAGACCACUUUAGUCUUAAUUUUAAUGACAUUACUUUUUAUAAACGGUUACAAGUCCGAGGAAGACGAUUAUAUAACCGUUGAAAAUGUACCGCGGGGACAAAGAAUACUGUGGCCGUAUCCUGUAGACUAUAAAGCCGAAUCAGAGGAAUCGCUUCCGUAUGUGUCCAAAGAUGAUGAUAAAGAUGAAGAUGAACACAAUCAAGACGACCAGAGUGAUAUGAAGAGGAAGGGCCGGUUCCUCCUCUGGUCGUACCCUCAGAGUCCGAUUGUCAAUAUGAUGAUGAAAACCGUUGCAGUUAACUAUUCGCCAACGAACCCAAAUGAUCCGUUUGAUUUUCUUCGGGACUCCUAUCCGUUACCAAAAGGUAACACAAAACCGUUAGAUGAGUACGAUUAUGUGAUAGUUGGCGCUGGAUCGGCUGGCUCUGUACUAGCUGCCCGCCUCACCGAAGACAAACCAAAAGCUAAUGUACUGGUGAUCGAAGCUGGUAAACCGGAGAUGCUUCUGUCAGACAUACCAGCACUGGCUCACUAUUUGCAACUCACUGACUAUGCUUGGCCGUAUUCUAUGGAGCACCAACCAGGUGUUUGUUUGGGCAGCGAAGAGCAACGCUGCUUCUGGCCCCGUGGCAAAGCUGUAGGAGGCACCAGUGUCACCAACUUUAUGCUCUAUACCAGAGGCCGCCCUCAAGACUGGGAUAGAAUCGCUGCAGACGGAAACUACGGAUGGUCUCACGACGAAGUUCUUCGUUAUUAUAAAAAAUCUGAAAAAUCUCGUCUGAAAAAAUACAAAGAUGCACCUCACCGGGGCCGCGAUGGAGAACUAACUGUUGAGAAUGUUCCAUUCAAGACUGGCCUUAUAGAAGCAUUCCUCAAAGCCGGUCGCGACUUCGGACAUCCAACGGUGGAUUACAAUGCUCCCGACCAAUUCGGAUUUGGCUACACCCAGACAAUGACUGAUAAAGGUCACAGAUUAAGUGCGGCCAAGGCCUUUUUGCAUCCUAAUAAACGAAGGAAAAACCUUCAUAUCUUGCCUGAAGCAAGAGCUACGAAAGUGAUAAUUGAACCCCAAACCAAAAGAGCGUAUGCCGUAGAAUAUAUUAAAAAUGGUAAAAAAUAUACCGUUCGUUGCCGAAGGGAAGUUAUUCUUUCAGCUGGACCAAUAGCAUCACCUCAGUUGCUAAUGCUCUCGGGAGUUGGUCCCCGUGAACAUUUGGAAACUCUCGGUAUCCCGGUUAUAGCUGAUGUGAAAGUAGGAAAGACUUUAUACGAUCAUAUAGGGUUUCCUGCCGUCAUAUUUAAGUUGAAUUCUACGAACGCUAGUCUUUUGGAACCUAAAGUGGCAACGUUACCAAAUCUAAUGCAAUGGCUGCAAUUUGGUGACGGUUUACUCACGACUCCUGGGACUGUGGAAGGCAUAGGUUACAUAAAAACAGCAAUUUCAGAAGAUCCUGAAUUAGUCCCUGACAUCGAAUUAAUAAGCAUGGGGGCAUCGAUGACAUUAGAUGCGGGAGGUGCGUUUAGAAAAAGCUGGAAAAUUUCUGACAAAACAUAUUAUCAGGCUUUUGGCUCACUCAGCGGUCUAGAUACCUGGUCUGCUGUACCUGUGCUUUUGAAACCAAAAUCAAAAGGUUACCUCGAAUUGCGAGAUACUAAUCCUUUCUCGCAUCCUAAGAUGUAUGGAAAUUAUUUGACGGAUCCUAAAGAUAUGGCUACUCUGAAAGAAGGCAUAAAGUAUGUAACAAAAUUGGGCGAAUCGGAGGCGUUUAAAAGAUAUGCACCCCAACUGCAUUUACCAGAAUAUCCUACAUGUGUGACUUAUGCACCAGGAACAGAUUCAUAUUGGGAUUGUGCAGUUAGAACAAUGGUGGUAUCACUGCGUCAUCAAAUUGCAACAUGUAAAAUGGGACCUCCGAAUGAUCCAGACGCUGUUGUAGAUCCUGAACUGAGAGUUUACGGAGUAGAAGGAUUGAGAGUUGUAGAUUCUAGUAUUAUUCCUAGACCAAUCGGUGCACAUACCAAUGCUCCAGCCAUAAUGAUAGGUGAAAGGGCAGCAGAUAUGAUUAAAAAAACUUGGUCGAAUGUUGUACAAUAACUUAGAUUAAAAUAUUUUUAGUAAAAUAAAGACUGUGUAGCAAUUAAUUCUAUUCAUUCGAAACGUUUAUCAUAAUUAGUGUCCAUUUAAUUGAGAAUGAAAUCAAAUAUAGAAAGAUGGAAAUUAUAACACGGCCUGCCUCAAACUGCAUUUAUUAAUGUGUAACUAUAAAGCCUUCUACAAAAAUAUGAACUCUCAAUUCCAACGUUUAUAUUUUAGAAUUCAAUGCACUUAGGAACAAGGUCGAAAAUGUGAAUACUCCAUCUCCAAUCUUACGUACUGUUAGGCGGCCGGCGCUGAACGUCUUUUUAAAAAAAACCCAAAAUUCCCGGAUAUGAAUUUAAUGAUUUUUGAUAUACACAAUUACACACGCGAACUCGAGUACCAAGUCCUGAGCUACCCGGAUGGACCGUUCUUUCCCGUUGCCAAAGUCUAACUGUACUGUGGGAAUUGAUGGAAUAAUGUGAGGGCUGCGUAAAUGCAACUCUGCAGUUUAAUUCUAUGGAAAAUUACAGUUAUACACGUUUUGUUGAAUUAGCAUUCUAUGGUUACUAAGUCGGGUUAUAACAACUCCCCCCUUUUAACGGAGCUUUAUCGAAAAUUAGGAUGAAGCGGAGUUAUAAAAAUAAUCAAUGAUAAGAGACAGCUUCAGGAUUUGGUAAACAGUUGUACAUUAUAAAACAUAUAAAAAUACAAUAAAAUGAUUCCCAAUAAUAUUACUCUAAGUAACAAAGUCAUAAUAAUCAAGGUUAGAACUAAGAUCUCAUCUCGUAAGAUGAACAAGGUUUAGUAAGAUAAUUAUAAAAAUGUAAAAAUAUUAAAAAUUCAAAUUUCUAGAACUAGAACUAAUAAACUUAUCUUUAUGUCUACUACUAUAAGGUUUACAAUCGGUUCGACAAGCAGGUAAGUUCGUCGUUAUUUAUUUUAUAACAAUCCCUGAUAUCAUCUAAAAGUGCAUAACUUUGCCUAUCGUCGGAAAUAGCAAGAUAAGGCUUACUAGGAUGAAUAAGAGCAAAAACGUUUAAGUUGUCGUUAUCUGAGGGUGUAGGCAAAGGAAUUAAUUUAUAAAUAGAAUAUUUAACGGGAGAGGUUAGAGGAAUUUGUAAUACAAAUACAAUUUUCUUAUUAUAAUAAUAUGACGUUAAUUUAGAAACGUCUAUAAUAGUAUGUAUAGUUUCAAUAUUUAGAGGAACAGGAAAACCUAAUCUCUUACUCAUUACGUUACUGUUUAUAUGAGUUCUUUUAGCAAAUUAGUGGGCGUUAUCACCACAGGGUGAAGAAUAUUUGCCUUGGCAAACAAAAUAGCAUUUAAAAUAGAAUUUAAGAAAUUAGAGAUAGUCAAUGAUGAACUUUCCAAGAUAUUAACUAAAUUAUUAACUUUAGAUAUAUAUACAAGUUGAUUAUUAUUCUUGGUAGCUUGAGAUAAAAUCUCAUUAAGGUUAUUAAUUUGUGAAUUUAAACGAAACUCAUUUUUAUUUAAUCUAGAUACUGUCGAAUUGAAUGCAUUUAUAGUAGAUUUUACAACGUGAAUAUUUUCUUUUAUAAGGUGAAAUAACUCUGUUUCACUGUUUUGAGAUGCUUUAAUAGCAGCAUCGUAUUUUCGGGCAUCAUCGGCAUCUAAUGUACCGAAAAAUAAAUAAAAUAAAUAAAUAAAUAAAUAUUUCCAACACUCACACCAAUUAACCUAGCCCCAAAGUAAGCACUAUAAGGCUUGUGUUAUGGGAUGCUAGGGUAACGGAUAGAAUACAUAUACUGUACACAUAUAAGUAUACUUAUAUAGAAAUAGAUAUUAAACAUCCAUGACCGGAGUACAAAUGCUCGCAUUCAUCACACAAACAUCUGCCCCCACCGGGACUCGAACCCGAGACCCCUCGAGUCG